AUGCUCGAGGGAAAGAAAGAGGAUGACAAAUCACAGAGCGACACAAGACCCUCUUGGCAGAGGGGAACGGUUCCGAGUGAAGCAGAUGAUUCCGAUGACAUUGACUGGGAUGCACCUCCGCCGUACGAACAAUACUUUGGGAAUGACCAGAGAAAUGUGUCUACAACAUUGGAAGACAAUGGCCGGAUCAGCAUGUUCUUCGGAGGAGCUGGUGGUCGUUACCCAAGUCUCCCUCCACUUCCAGUAUAUGAUCCUCGGGUAGAACAGGUGCGAAGUUCAGCAGCUCAGUCCUAUCCUUUGCUUAAUAUCGUCCUACAAGUUGUGGGAAGUCGAGGGGACGUCCAACCAUUUAUUGCUCUCGGACAAGAACUGGAACUUGUCGGCCAUCGAGUCCGAAUAGCAACCCAUAAUGUUUUCGAGCAAUUUGUUCAAGAUUCUGGACUAGAAUUCUUUCCAAUUGGCGGGGAUCCCACAGAAUUGAUGGCUUACAUGGUGAAGAAUCCCGGAAUCAUUCCCAAAUUCGCAACCAUUCGAGCCGGAGACAUAUCCAAGAAACGCAAAAUGAUCAGCGAAAUGCUCAAAGGCUGUUGGAGGUCAUGCAUCGAUCCCGACCCUUCAACAGGUGCUCCCUUCGUAGCCGAAGCCAUCAUUGCAAAUCCUCCGAGCUUCGCACAUAUGCACUGUGCUCAAGCAAUGGGAAUCCCGGUACAUCUUAUGUUCACGAUGCCAUGGACUGCAACGCGAGCGUUCCCACAUCCCCUGGCGAACGUGCAGCUUGCGGACACGGAUCCGAAGACGACCAAUUUUCUCUCGUAUGGCUUAGUUGACAUGAUGACUUGGCAAGGUCUGGGAGAUGUGGUCAACCACUGGCGGAAGAAUACACUAAAUCUCGAACCCCUCCCAGCAAUGGUUGGCGCAAACUUGGCCAACUACCUCAAAGUCCCCUUCACGUAUUGCUGGUCAUCAGCAUUGAUUCCAAAGCCAUUCAACUGGCCUUCACAUAUUGACGUCUGUGGAUUCUUCUUCCGCAAUGCCCCGGACUACAACCCAUUCCCAGAAUUAGAUCAAUUCCUCAGGGCGGGACCACCUCCAAUUUAUAUUGGCUUUGGCUCCAUUGUGAUGGAAGACCCUCAUCAGAUGACUCGUAUCAUUUUAGAUGCGGUUCGAAUAUGUGGGGUGAGAGCUAUUGUGUCCAAGGGGUGGAGCAAGCUUGGAAGUGGCGUUGAGCAUCACGAAGAUGUUCUUUUUAUCGGAGAUUGCCCUCACGAAUGGCUCUUCAAGCACGUCUCAGCCGUGAUCCACCAUGGCGGAGCGGGAACAACAGCCUGCGGUCUCCUCAACGGCCGCCCAACAGCCAUCGUCCCCUUCUUCGGAGAUCAACCUUUCUGGGCCAACAUGGUCUUCUCCGCUGGCGCUGGUCCUCGCCCCCUCGACGGCAAAACCCUCGACGCCUCCACCCUGGCCACUGCUAUAGAGACUCUCCUCCACCCAUCGACCAUCCAAGCAGCAAACAGAAUCUCUGACAGGAUGAGGAACGAGAGCGGUAUCAAAUCUGCAGUCCGAUCCUUCCACCGCAACCUUCCAAUUCGAGAAAUGCACUGUGACAUGGUGCCCCGACAACCCGCAACAUGGUGUUGGAAGAAAGGGAAGCGGACGCUGAAGUUGAGUCAUCGAGCUGCGUCAAUUUUAGUCGAGCAUAAAAAAAUCGAAGCUUCGUCUUUGGAGAUAUAUAGACCCAAGCCCAUCUCAAUCGAAAACCGCCGCUGGGAUCCUAUCACAGCAACCACAUCCGCUUUCCUCGACGGCGUUGUAGACGUCGGAUCCGCGUUCGGAAAUCUUGUCGAAUCGCCAAUAAAAGAAUACCGGAAAGUCAAGUCUAUGGAACGGGAGAACUCCAACCUCUCUUCGCUAUCACACUCAGAUUCCAGCACGCUCAGUAUCCGGAGCGGCAAGACUGGAAUGACAGGAAGCAGUGUAAUCGGCCAAUCCGCUGCUGGCGCAGCAGGCAAAGCCGUAGGCCGCGGCUUCGAAAAAGUUGGAAUGGCAGUUACGAAAGGCGUGAUCGACUUACCUCGCGCCGUCGCCGAUGGACUACAUAAUGUUCCAGCGUUGUACGGAGAGGAAGUGAGGGAUUAUGGCGAGAUUAGGGGGUGGAAGAGUGGUGGCAAGGUAGGGGUGAAGAGUAUGGGAUAUGGAUUUUAUGAUGGCUAUGUCGGAUUUUUUACGCAGCCAUAUAAAGGGGCAAGAGAUGGAGGGGCGUUUGGGUUGGUAAAGGGGAUUUUUAAGGGGUGUGCGGGGCUGUUAACGCAGCCUGGUCAUGCAAUCUUCGGAGUCGUCGCCUACCCAGCGCUUGGUCUAUAUAGAAGCCUCAACACAGCCCAUGUAACCGGUGCCCAAGGUGAGAUCCUAAUAGCGCAGAAAGAGUACGGCAUUUUCCUUGCGGAGACGGAUCGAAUGGAUAAGGGGGAGGUAGAGAGGGUUAUGAAGGAUUUCGAUGAGAUGUGGCUAGCGGUGAGGGAAGUAUGA